AUGGUGGCCGCUAUCCAGUCCAUGGAGACUCCCCGCACUCUCUCUGACCCGGAGACCACCCCUGUCAAGGUCGUGGGUAAAGGUGUGGAGGUUGUGGAGAAGGACUCUAUGGAUAAGCGCGAUGACUCCAUCGAUGGCGGCUCUAUCAAACCCACCUAUGACCAUACCCAUCGCAAGUUGAAACCGCGCCAUGUUCAAUUGAUCGGCAUCGGUGGUACGAUUGGCACUGCAUUGUAUGUGCAGAUCGGCUCUGGCCUGCGCACAAGUGGGCCUGGAAGCUUGUUCCUUGGAUUUAGUAUUUGGAGUGCCGUUAUCCUCAUUAUCACUGUUUGUCUCGCAGAGAUGGUCACCUACCUCCCCAUCUCCUCCCCAUUCAUCCGCUUCGCUGGCCGCUACGUCGACGAAGCCCUCGGCGUCGCAGCAGGAUACAAUUUCUUCAUCUUCGAAGCCGCCCUCGUCCCCUUCGAAAUCGUCGCAGUCAGUCUAAUCGUCAACUACUGGACGAGCGUGAUACCCGUCGCAGCCAUGAAUGUAAUCGUCCUGGUACUAUACAUGUACGCACGAACCCCCAUCCACGAUCCAAAGCAUAGACAACUUCAACUUCAACUUCAAUCUCAUUCUAACCCUCCCACCAGAGCCCUAAACGUCUUCGCCGUAAAAUGGUACGGUGAAGCCGAAUUCUGGCUAUCCCUCGGCAAAGUCUUCCUAAGCAUCGGCCUAAUCUUCUACACGGUGGUGGUAAUGCUAGGCGGAAACCCUCUCGGCGACCGAUUCGGCUUCCGAUACUGGAACGAGCCAGGCGCAUUCAACGAGUUCUACAAGACCGGCGACACGGGCCGAUUCCUCGGCUUCCUAGCUGCAGCAUUCAACGGCGUCUUCUACCGACUAACGGCUUUCUUCGUUCUCGGCGUUCUGUGCGUCGGCAUCCUUGUCCCAUACAAUGAUCCCACCAUGGCUGAUGCGUUCGAUAAUGAUAAACCGGGUGCGGCGGCUUCGCCGUAUGUCAUUUCGAUGGAUCGGUUGGGGAUACCUAUUCUGCCGCAUAUUGUUAAUGCGGUUGUUUUGACGGCUUCGUUCAGUGCUGGAAACAGUUAUGUUUACUGCGCUAGUCGCAGUCUUUAUGGGCUGGCGUUGGAGAAGAAGGCGCCGGCUUUUUUGACUAAGUGUACUUCGAGGGGUGUGCCUAUUUAUUGUGUGGGUGUUGUGCUUUUGAUUGCGCUUUUGAGCUUCCUCCAGGUUUCGAAUGGGGCGUCGGUUGUUUUGAAUUGGUUUGUUAAUUUGGUGACCGCAUCCCAACUCAUCAACUUCUCCGUCGUCACAUUCACAUACAUCCGCUUCAAGAAAGCCCUAGAAGCCCAAGGUAUUUCCCGCGAAACGCUACCUUACCGCAGUUGGUUCCAGCCAUACAUUUCCUACAUUGCAUGCACCGCUACGACGAUUAUGGCUUUCGUCGGUGGUUACACGGUCUUCCUGCCGGGAAAUUGGUCCAUUCCGACGUUCCUCUUCUCUUACACUAUGAUCGGCGUUUUCCCGGUGCUUUAUUUUGGAUGGAAAUUCUUUCACAAGACGAAAUUUCUUAAGCCUGAGGAGGUCGAUCUUGUUACUGGUCUUGCUGAGAUUGAGGAGUAUACCCGGGAUUAUGUCACUGGGCCGCCUAAGUAG